ACCCGAGAACGCAUUAUUCGCCUUCACCGUCCAUUUCAAUUCUCGCUUCAAUCAUAACAUCUCCUCUUCCUACUUGGAGCGGCUCCUUUUUUUCCCCGCUAGAGAAAACACAGUGAGAAACCGGAAAAAAUGGCGAAGAAGCUGGACUCUGUCGGAUUUCUCAAGGCGUGCAAAAUCCUCAUCAUCGCGGUGCUGUUCUCGGCCGCCGCCGCCGUCGGAGCGGCGGGUGGAGUGUACGAGAUCGGAUACUUUCCGAUGUCAACAACUUCCGCUUCGUCGAAGAUCUGCGAGGGAUCGAUUGGGGAUUGCGUGAGCGCGGACGAGUUCGAGCUGGAUUCCGAAAGCAACCGGCGUAUUCUAGCAUACCGGCGGAAGUACAUUAGCUACAGCGCUCUUCGUCAAGGCACCAUCCCUUGUAACCGACGGGGCGUUUCCUACUACAGCUGCCACACCGGUGCUGAGGCCAAUCCCUACAUGCGCGGAUGCAAUCGGAUCACCCGCUGCCGUGGUUGAAUUUCUAAUUUCCUGGUGCCCUGCUUUCGUUUAUGAAUUGUUUAUCAUGAUUAUUAUUGAUUUCAUAUAUAAAUUCUCAUGGUGAAAUUGGUGCUGUUAGCUCUUCGGAUUUGUGUUUUAAUUUUUCUUUCCACGGGGAUUAUUAUUUGUAUAAAUGGAGGAUAUUAAUUAAUUUAUCAAUCUCGAUCUGCUUUAUGAUUAUCAAUCUGUUUGAAGCUUGGUAUGAACUUCAGUUUGCUGCUCCUCCACUUCGCCGCCGCUGUUCCACCUACAAAACCCCCACCGUCUGGUCAUAUGUCGUCGUCUUCAGUCGCCGGUUAAUGACCCGAUUUGUCGGCCUGGGUCCUAGCCGGCACCGGCGAGUCGGCGAACAAUACUCCGGAAAAAAAUAAAUCAUGUGAAGUCUUCUGGAAAUUAUAAAGUGGACUAAUAUUG